GACUCCCUGCUCCGGCUGGGGGACCACCGGCAGUGCUUCGAGUGCUCCGACGUGGCCCUGAGCGAGGCGGUCCAGCAGAUGGUCAGCGCCACCGAGGCUGCUGCCAAGGAGGAGUGGGUGGCCACGGUGACCCAGCUGCUGCAGGGCAUGGAGCAGGCUCUGUCGGCGGAUGGCAGCAUCCUGCGGGACUUGUCCUCUGCCGGUGGCCUCACCCGCCUCACCAGCAACCUCAUUCAGGUCAUCGACUGCAGCAUGGCUGUGCAGGAGGAGCCCAAGGAGCCCCACGUGGGCUCGGUGCUGCCCUGGGUCAUCCUGUUCCGGGUCGUCCGGCAGGAGGAGGACGCCUUCCGCUCCCUGUGCCACCAGCAGCAGCUCCAGAGCCCGGCGGACGAAGCGUCGGCCGAACCGCCCACGCUCCCCUCGUCCCUCAUGCUGCUCAACACGGCCCACGAGUACCUGGGCCGGCGGGGCUGGUGCUGCAACUCGGACGGGGCCCUGCUGCGGUUCUACGUGCGCGUCCUCCAGAAGGAGCUGGCUGCGCCCACCGCUGAGGACACCCACCCGCACAAGGAGGAGCUGGAGACGGCCCUGGAGCAGUGCUUCUACUGCCUGUACAGCCACCCCAGCAAGAAGAGCAAGGCCCGGUACCUGGAGGAGCACGCGGCCCAGCAGGUGGAUCUGCUGUGGGAGGACGCCCUGUUCAUGUUCGAGUACUUCAAGCCCAAGACCCUUCCCGAGUUUGACAGCUACAAGACCAGCACCGUGUCCGCCGACCUGGCCAACCUCCUGAGGAGGAUCGCCACCAUCGUGCCCCGCACCGAGCGGCCCGCCCUGAGCCUGGACAGACUGUCCGCCUACAUCGAGGGCACCUCUCUCGAGGUGCCCUGCCUCCCCGAAGGGGCCGACCCCUCCCCUCCAGUGGUCAGCGAGCUUUACUACCUCCUGGCCGAUUACCACUUCAAGAACAAGGAGCAGUCCAAGGCCAUCAAGUUCUACAUGCAUGACAUCUGCGUCUGCCCCGACAGGUUCGACUCCUGGGCGGGCAUGGCUCUGGCUCGGGCCAGCCGCAUCCAAGACAAGCUGAACUCCAACGAGCUGAAGAGCGACGGGCCCAUCUGGAAGCACGCCACACCCGUGCUCAGCUGCUUCCGGCGGGCGCUCGAGAUCGACAGCUCGAACCUGUCCCUGUGGAUCGAGUUCGGAACCAUGUCCUACGCCCUGCACUCCUUUGCCUCGCGCCAGCUGAAGCAGUGGAGGCCCGAGCUGCCUGCUGAGCUCGUGCAGCAGUUGGAGGAGCGGCGAGACAGCAUGCUGGAGACGGCCCAGCACUGCUUCACGUCGGCGGCGCGCUGUGAGGGCGAUGGGGAUGAGGAGGAGUGGCUCAUUCACUACAUGCUGGGCAAGGUGGCCGAGAAGCAGCAGCAGCCGCCCACUGUGUACCUGCGGCACUACCGGCAGGCCAGCCACCUCCUGCACGAGGAGGCGGCCCGCUACCCCAAGAAGAUCCACUACCACAACCCCCCCGAGCUGGCCAUGGAGGCCCUGGAGGUGUACUUCCGGCUCCACGCAUCCAUCCUGAAGCUCCUGGGGAGGCCAGAUUCUGGGGUCAGUGCAGAGGUCCUGGUGAGCUUCAUGAAGGAGGCUGCAGAAGGGCCCUUUGCCAGGGGCGAGGAGAAGAACGCACCCAAAGCCUCAGAGAAGGAGAAGGCCUGCCUGGUGGACGAGGACUCCCGCUCUUCAGCUGGGACACUGCCGGGCCCCGGAGCCCCCCUCCCCUCCUCUGGCCCAGGUCUGACUUCCCCACCUUACACAGCCACUCCGGUUGACCACGAUUACGUCAAAUGUAAAAAACCCCACCAGCAGGCCACGCCGGACGAGCGCAGCCAGGACAGCACGGCCGUGGCGCUCUCAGACUCGAGCUCCACCCAGGACUUCUUCAGCGAGCCUGCCAGCUCCCAGGAGGGCUCCCGGAGGCCCUGCGCAGAGAAGAGGCCGCCCGCUCCUGGCUCCCAACCAGGACUGCCUGGUAAAGAGCUUCCGGCGGCUACAGAGGAGAGAGGGAGAGCCGAGGAGUCCUUGGAGAGCAGCGAAGGCUCCCGGGCCACAGAGCAGGGCGGUCAGAAACCUGCUGCUGACCCCCCGGGCCCUGCUGGUGGCCCCGCCAAGCCCCAGACGCCUGGGCCGGCCCCGGGGGAUGGGAGGAGGCGGGCGGACGCGCCCGUGGAGCCGCCGGCCUUCCCGCAGGGGCUGCCCACCGGGGCGGAGGAGCAGCGGCAGUUCCUCACGGAGCAGUGUGUGGCCUCGUUGCACCUCUGCCUCGGCCGCUUCCCACAGCACUACAAGAGCCUCUACCGGCUGGCCUUCCUCUACACGCACAGCAGGACCCACCGGAACCUCCGGUGGGCCCGCGACGUGUUGCUAGGCAGUGGUGUCCCGUGGCAACAGCUGCAGCACAUGCCGGCACAGGGGCUCUUCUGCGAGAGGAACAAGACCAAUUUCUUCAACGGCAUCUGGCGGAUCCCCGUGGACGAGAUCGACCGGCCGGGCAGCUUCGCCUGGCACAUGAACCGCUCCGUCGUGCUGCUGCUCAAGGUGCUGGCCCAGCUGCGGGACCACGGCACCCUGCUCAAGGUCUCCUCCAUGCUGCAGCGCACCCCGGACCAGGGCAAGAAGUAUCUGCGAGAUGCUGACCGCCAGGUCCUGGCACAGCGGGCCUUCAUCCUCACGGUGAAGGUGCUGGAGGACACGCUGAGCGAGCUCACGGAGGGGUCGGAACGUCUCGGGCCCAAGGCCUGCGGCUUCCCUGGAGCCAGGAUGACCACAGACGUCUCCCACAGGGCCAGUCCCGAGGACGACAAGGAGGGUCUCCCGCACCCCAAGAAGCCCCCUCUGGCCGACGGCUCAGGGCCAGGUGCCGAGCCAGGGGGCAAAGCAGGCCCCCUCAACCACCGGCCCAUGGCCACGGACGCGGGGGAGGGCGCAGACCAGGCCGGGGAGCGCAAGGACAAGGAGAGCCCCCGGGCCGGCCCCGCCGAGCCCAUGGACACAGGGGAUGCCACCACCCGAGGUGUGGACUCUGAGCGGGGGCCGCCACCCCUGCAGCCAGGCUGCCCCCCAAGGGACUGGGGCCCCGAGAGCCGGCCCACCGAGCUGUCCCUGGAGGAGCUCAGCAUCAGCGCCCGGCCGCCCGGCCCGCCUGCCCCAGCCCCACCCGCCGCCACCCAGGCCCCCGCCCCCGCCCCCGGGCCCAGGCCAGGCACCCACCCCGAGGAGGCACCCUCACGGCCCAGCCGCAAGAGGAAGCUCCUGGAGGACACGGAGUCCGGCAAGACGCUCCUGCUGGACGCCUACCGCGUGUGGCAGCAAGGCCAGAAGGGCGUGGCCUGCGACCUGGGCCGCAUCGAGAGGGUCAUGUCAGAGACCUACAUGCUCCUCAAGCAGGUGGACGAGGAGGCCGCCCUGGAGCAGGCCGUGAAGUUCUGUCAGGCCCACCUCGGGGCCGCCGCCCAGAGGCAGGCGGCAGGGGAGAUGCCCACCACCCCGAAGCACCCCAAGGACACCCGAGAGAAUGUCUUCCCCGCGGCCACAGCCCCCGCAGCCCCUGAAUCAACGCCAGCGGAUGCCCCGCCGCGGCCCAGUGACGGCCACACCAAGCCUCGGCCUGCAUCGGCCACUGCCUCCACCCCAGACCCGGCCAAAGACCCCGGGCCCCCGCGGCCGCACAGGCCUGAGGCCGCCCCCAGCACGUCCUCCCUGCGCCCAGGGGCAGAAGAGCCAGCAGGAGGUGCAGAGGGCCCGGGCUUCCCGCCCCAGGAGCCGCGGGGCAGCGAGCAUGUGAAGACGGCCCCUGAGGGCCCCGCGGCAGAGGCCGCCCCCCGAACUGGCACCCAGCCCACCUGCAGCCAGGCGGCCAGCUCCAAGGCGCCCGGCGGCGGGAGUGCCCCGCCCCCUGAGGGCCCCCCAGGCAAGGCUGAGCCUGGCCGGGCCAAGUCACGCCUGCUGCCCAACAUGCCGAAGUUGGUCAUCCCCUCGUCCACCACCAAGUUCCCUCCUGAGAUCACCGUCACACCGCCCACCCCGACCCUGCUCUCGCCCAAAGGCAGCAUCUCGGAGGAGACCAAGCAGAAGCUGAAGUCGGCCAUCCUGUCUGCACACUCGGCCGCCACAGUGCGGAAGGAGAGCCUGUGCCAGCCGGCGCUGGAGGUGCUGGAGACGUCGAGCCAGGAGUCCUCGCUGGACAGCGAGACGGACGAGGACGAGGACUACAUGGAUAUCUGAGGCCCGGCCCCGGCCCCACCCUGGAGCUCCGCAGGGCCUUUUUUAUGGCCUGUCGACUUUGUAAACGUGCCCCUCCCCGCCCGGGCGGCCGUGUCCACGCUCCGCGGGCUCUGCCCGGGUCACGGCGGCAGAGGACCCUUUUCUUUUUGGUUGCUUUUCUAAUAAAGAUGAAACGGUCA